CACACACACACAUACCUGUAUAUGUCGGAAAACGUUUCCAUAGACAGAAAAUGCAAUCUCUCUGAAUCAGAGUUAAAACAUUUAACGCUUAUUCAAAUAUAUUAAUAACAAUUCAUUAAAAAUUGUGUAUGCAUGUUAUGUAGGUGUGCUUGGUGAGUUAACCGCAGUUCGGUUUUGAAAAGAAUUUAAGCAGGCUUGACAAAAAUAUGUACACACAACACAUGAGCAAAUCUUCUUGAGUCAAGACCCAAAAAUGACCAAAACGUCAAAAGCAGGAGAGGAUGAACAAAACAUUGAUAACUGAUACAAUUUUAGUCAAUGUAUACUUCAUUUUCUGCUAAAUGUUUGUUUUGCCAGGCAUUUUGUAUGUUAGAAUAAAACUAUAUUUCUGCACUUUUUUGCCAAAUAAUUCUGUCAAAUAAAUACCUUAUCCAAGUUCUCCCUUGUUUACUCAACUGUCCUUAUUCUAUUGUAAAACCUGUUCAUUUAGAAGUUAUGGCAUGAAAGAUAUUUUUAGGGGAACUGACUAAACAUUUUACUGUAGAUUCCUCAGUUCUUAUAAUAAAAUGGUGGCAGGUUCAUACUGUCCUUUAUAAAUAUAAAGUUUUGUAGUCCUCAUAUAUGAAUAGGAAUAGUGCUUGAAGGAAGGACAUCUCUCAAACUGUCUUUCCAUCGUGACUUUCAGCAGAAUGUAAUGAGAGAAGCCACCCAGAAAGCGAUGACCUUUGACCCUGUCGUAAUGCCAGCCUCCGGGCGUGCUGACUUCACAGACACAGAUGCACACAGCUCUUUCUGUUCUGGUUUUCAGCUGUCCAGGCCGUGGAGCCAUUGGGAUAAAAGCUUAUAGACGUGGAGAGUGACCGAACCCCCGGGCCUGUUCUGGACUCCACUGUUGACUAGAAUGGACAGCUGUCGCCCAGAGUUAUUCAAGUCUGUUGUCAUCUCCAUGGCUACUGCGGAGCCUGCGCCAUCCUGGUGGAAACUGACCUUUAUGCGUAAAAAGAAAUCAGAGCCUAAAGUGUUGUAUGAAAUCCCAGCGGAACACGGCUGCAACAGCGGAGAGACACCCGGCACACCCGAUCCGACUGCUGACAGCCAGUUUAACGCCCGCUUAGAGCGCAUCGUGGACAAAACGGCAACGAAGGGCCGCCACGUAAAAGUGUCACAUUCGGGUCGUUUUAAAGAGAAGAAGCGAAUCCGAGCCACGCUAGCAGAAAACCCUGACCUGUUCCCUGAGACAGAAAUGACUGAGGGUAAUAAAACUGGAAAAUAAGGCACUGUGUUAACACACUAACAUGCGUGUAACACAGUCAACAGGGCCUCGGCCCAUGCAGCACUUUUGUAUUGAUGUCCUCUGCCGUUUACAAUCACCUGAGGCUUUGCCUAAAGAGAGAACAGGUUUGCUGAAUUAGUGACUGACACUGAUGUUUGGGAACAAAGAGAAGUACAGAGCCAAAGAUCAGGUUUCUACAGAUACACACAGCAAGACUGCAAUUGAUUUUAUUUUUGUCUCUGGGGUUGUCCAUUGAAAGCACAAGAUACCAUUAAUGAUAGAAUAGGUUUGACUGCUUAUUCUAGCACAUUUCCCUGUAUUUUAUGUGUAGAAUUACAGCUACAACAUUUGAUUCUACAGAUUGAAGAAUUCAUUCAUGGACAUUAUCAGCAAUAAGAGUAAUAAAAGACUGUUAUGGUCUUCUAUUUAAAUGUACAUUGUAAAUCUAAAACAGAUCAACUGUUUGAUUAUUUAUUGCUAUCAUUAUUAUUAUUUAAAAUUGGUAGGAGCCCUAAAGACAUACUCUUUGUUGUGUUAUGUAACAUCGGAUUCUAAACCACCUAUACAAGACCAAAAAUAUGUUUUGAAUGAACAUUCCUGUUGCAAUAAUAAAAAAGUUUCAAUAUACGAGUUGCUAUAUGCUAGGUAUAAAUGUCAUUUAUGGUGCAAAGCUAAUAUUUAUUAUAAAAAUGUAAUCAACAAACAGGAUGGGGUUUUCUAAUUUAAUGAUUGUGCUUUUAUGUUGAAAUAAAUAUUUGCACAUUGCCUAAUUUAAUUGUUAGCUUAGCUGGCAGUUUAAACUGAAUUUUGUACAAAAUUGCAUUUGUUGUAUGUAAAUAUGCCUGGUAAUAAAUAAAUUCGUUUAUAAUUUAACACAGUUUUCAUUCAUUUCUUCCUGAGC